AUGCUCCCGUUCCUAGACCCAUCCCAAGACAGAAGGGUCGCUCUCAUCACGGCAGCCAACCUGGGCGUCGGCUGGCACACGGCGCUCCAGCUCUAUGUCCAUGGAUAUGUGGUGUAUUUGGCAGGCCGGCUGAAGAUGAGAUGUAUGAAGUCAAUCAAAGAGUUGGAGCUGGAGGCGGUUCGGCUUCGGGCAGAGGGCCCGCUGGAGCUUGCGGGCUGUGUGUUUGGCGAGCUCCACUUUCUUGAGUUGGACUUGGCGCUGUUGGACCUGGUGUUGGCGGCUGCUGGGCAACUUAAGGCCGUGGAAAGACACUUGAACUUGUUGGUGAACAAUGCUGGCAUCAUGGGGCUUCCGCCUUCGAGCACUCAGGAUCUGUUUGAGUUGCAGCUUCAGACGAACUAUGUGCUGCAGUUUUUGCUUACGACGAAGCUCUUGCCGUUGUUGGAGCGGACGGUGGACUUGAAUCCAGAGGGUGAGCCUCCAAGGGUGCUUUACUUGUCGCUGGUCGGGCACCGCCUAGCGUUUAGGUACUUUAAUUUGGGCCUGACGUUCGAUUACCAUCCCAACGCUGUGUUUACGUGGUUCCGUUAUGCUAUGGCUAAAACGGCUGGUAUUCACUUUAUGAAAAUGCUAGCCUUGAGGAACCCCAGGAUUCUUUGUAUGUCUGUGCAACCAGGGUUUGUCAUGAAUACGAACUACUUUAGCUACUGGACCCGUUUGCCCAUUAUUGGAAUUUUGUUUUGGUGUGUUUUCCAGAUUUUCGGGUAUUUCUUUGGUGUGACUGUGGAACAAGGCGCUGACGCUUUGGUAGCUGGCUCUUUGGACCCGUCUUUAACCCUUGAACACCACAGUGGCGCUACAAUUGGCGUUGACGGCAAAAGAGCUUCGUGUUCUAGCGUGGCUGCAAAUAUGGAUUACGCAGCUCGAUCGUGGAUUUGGACUAUCCACCAAUUGGGCAAGCGACAUAUCGACCUUGGGCCUUGA